AUGGUGGAAUUGAAUCUGAGGAAGAUUACCCUUACCGAGUUCUUGAUGGCAGAUGUGAUUAGAAUCGAGUACAAGAACGACACCAUAAUCUGCAAGGAGGUCUUCCUCACCCCCGUCGUCCUCAAAGAGUGUCGCCGCAUCGUCGCCAACAGCGAGGACAUCAAAAGGACUCUAACCACUACCAUGUGGCUAGGGAUGUUUCUUGGCCUUUGUUGCUCCUCUUUGGGGGAAGAGCAAGGGCAACCCAAUGAGGGUAAAAGCACUAAAAUGAGGUCUGGCUGUACCAAACUGGGCUCGUCUGAAUGCUGGCAGGAAGGUCAGCAAUGCUUGAUGAGCAUUGGUAUUUAUGGGGUCUUGAAGGACAAAGGGAUGAUGGCACCACCUGGAUUGCAAGGAGGAAAAAUUUAA